GGCGAACUUAGCCAACAAUUGCUUCAUCCGCUUAUGGAUGACGGCCAAAUUCCUUCAUAAACGAGGCUCUGCGGUUGAAAAAGCAAAAGGGAGGCUUACCUUGAGCUUACUCCUAGUAGAGCUCAAAGAAACGAGCCUAGCGGGAUAUCCCGCGGGACGGGCAACUAUUGGCCCAAGCUGAAUUGGAAAAUCUUCUACUAUUAACACCACCAAAAUUUAUCCUCACAAACCACCUCCCGACCAUGUCGUCUCCCACAAUUAGACUACUACCCCGCCAUCUACGGCCUCUCACCAAACAAUACAAUCACGCAAGCCCAAUUUCUCUCUCUGCCAAAUCUUAUCAUUCAUACGACCGCCCCUCUCCCUCAGAUUCUCCCUUUCCGCCCACCGAAACAAGUAUUCUCCGCGCCGCCCUUCCGCACAUCCCUACUCACGGCUUCACUCUUAAUACUCUUUCUCUCGGCGCCCAAGAUGUCGGUUAUAUACCUGCCGCUACGAAUCUUUUUCCAAAAGGGGCAUUUAGUCUAGCACAUUACCAUUUGUACACCCAAAGAAUAGCUUUGAAGAAUCACACAGAACUCAUUGCUCCACCUCUAGAAAAUGAAGGAGGGGAACCGCCAAAGGGAGUGGGAAGGAGAGUCAAGGCAUUGACGUGGGAGAGAUUGAUGGGAAACAAAGAUGUGAUUCAUAAAUGGCAGGAGGCUCAGAGUCUCCUCACGCUACCAACCAAUCUCCCCACUUCUCUCCGCGAACUUCAUUCCCUCUCCGACGAGAUCUGGUUUCUAUCCGGCGACAUCUCAGUCGACAGUUCCUGGUAUACCAAGCGAGCCAGUCUUUCCACCAUCUACGCCACUACCGAAUUAUACAUGACGACAGAUAAAUCUGAAGGCUUCAAAGAUACUCGCGAGUUCUUGGAGAGAAGAUUUAGGGACUCACAGGUGCUUGGAGGAGUUGUUGGGGGGAUUAGUCAAUGGGUGGGUUUCACGGCGAUGGCGGGAGUUAAUGUUUUGAGGAGUAAGGGGAUGAGGAUUUAGUGGAUGCUUUAUAUGAGAUAGAGGAAUAGGUUUUGAUUUUCAUAUAGCAUGGAAUGGAAUGGUAGGAGAGAAUAGAAAGAUCAAAAAUUAGGUCAUGUAUUCAGAUCCAUGUUAUUUUAACAUCAAAAUUGCCACCCAUAGCAGCCACAUGGGCACUACCAUACCUGGAUUCAAGGACCAGUGUACACCAUAACGCCAUAUCUUCGUAAGACAUAGCACCAAAUAUUUCCCCGCCA